AUGGCAGAAAAAUGUCACACGUGUAGACGUACAACAGCCAUGAUCCAUUGUGUUACGGAAGCUCUUAACUUGUGCCUUCCAUGCGACUACAUGCAGCAUUAUAAUGAACGUGAUGGCUAUUUCGCAGGACACGUACGUUACCAACUUUGCGAGAAAUGCAUGAUUAAUCCAGCUAUACUCCUCUGCUGUGAGCACAAGAUCAAUCUUUGCCAAUCCUGUUAUUCACUCGAUUACAAUUGCGCCUCUUAUGGCCACAUCACUCGAACCAUCAAUCGCUUUCCUCAACAACACCAUGACCAUAACAACAUUCAUCAUCAUGAGCAAGAGCAUAUGCCUCAUCUGGUUGGCGUCCAGAGAAGAGAAGGGAUGUUUGCGAUGAGAUGCAAUGGGAAUAACAAUUGCGAGAGAUGGAUGUUUGCAAUGAACUGUGAAUCAUGUUUGGCUUCAAAUGUUGUGGUUUACUGUGAAGUAGAGGACCAACUUCUAUGUAACAAUUGCGACCGAAUGAUUCACCUACCCGAGGCCGUACCGCCGCAUAUGAGAAGUGUGCUUUGCGUGACCUGCAAGAGAGUCUCUCGCAAUUUUCUCAUCGGAGCCAAUCAGUUCAGUUUACCACCAACUCCUACUUUGGCGGCACCCGAAGAGGUCUCGGCAUCCACAGGACCCAAUCAACAAUAUAGCAAUGGUUCUUUAAAUUUGUUUUUGUAA